UUAACAAGCAAAAUCUCCUGAGCAUUUACAGUUCAUUAAAAAUCAAAGCAAGCCGAAAUUCAAGCUUAAUCAAAUUUCUUUUCCAGUCCUCUGUUACCUCUGGAGACGAAUCUUGAGGUUAUUGAAGCAAUGAAACAGAAGGAGAGCUCAAAACCUGCUUCAAUUUGCAUGAACCUUCAUAAGUUCACACCCAAUCUCGACAAACACAAACACCUCAACCUCACAGAAACCCUAAGCCCGGGCCAUCCUCUCCCUCAUCGUCGUUCCAGAGAACACGAAGCACGACGACGCAUCGCCAGACUCCGCAACCUUGACCAUAGCCCACGUCGGCAGCUCCCGCUCUGCGUAUUCACCUUGACGCCGACCACCACCGUCCAGUCUCCAAAAACUUCGGUUCGGAAGCUCUACGGCGACAACUCCGCUUGGCAGCAUUCGCAUCGCGUGCACGCGAGCUUCAAAACCCGGCAGCCUCGUUGAGGCUGAAGAAGAGGUGAGCUCAUCGCUUGUGCCACGAUGGAGCUGUCCAACUCUGGCGCCGCGAGCGAGAAGAGAGAGAAGGAAGGCAACGCGGUCGGGGUGAGGCAAGGGCGAGGUUCCGUCUUUCGACUGUUGUGAUAAUCUCACACGCAAGUCGCGCGAUUCCUUUUAUCGAGAGAUUUUUAUUAUCCUCUGCCAUUAUCAUUAAAAUAAAUAAAAAUAGGAUUUGGCACCAUUCUCAGGACUCAGAUAUCACCUUCUUUAUAUUCGUAUUACAACUUUGGAAAAGCUUAGUGAUGGCGAUGAUAUUUGAUGAUCUCGAUGUGUGUUUUCGUAACAGGGGAAAGUCUUUCAUAAUGGAUCCAUCAGUUUGAUUGACGAGCCAUGCAGAUCAGCCCAUCUUAAAGCAAUGCAGGUUGCCAGAGACGCCGGGGCUCUGCUCUCCUACGAUCCAAACCUCAGGCUCCCGUUGUGGCCGUCGCCCGAGGAGGCCCGCGAGCGGAUCAUGAGCAUUUGGGACAAGGCGGACAUCAUUAAAGUGAGCGACGAUGAGCUGGCGUUCCUCACGGGGAACCGUGAGAUCGAUGACGAAUCCGCAAUGUCGCUGUGGCACCCCAAAUUGAAACUUCUCCUUGUCACUUUGGGUGAAAAGGGCAGUAAAUACUACACCAAGGAUUUUCGUGGAGCAGUAGACUCAUUCCGUGUCAACACUGUCGACGCAACCGGUGCCGGCGAUGCCUUCGUCGGGGCACUCCUCUGCAAGAUCGUCGAUGACCGCUCCAUCCUCAAAGUACGAGGAAGACUGAGGAAGGUCCUGAAGUUUGCGAACGCGUGUGGAGCCAUCACCACCACCGAGAAGGGAGCGAUCCCUGCCCUCCCGACCGAGCCCGACAUCCUCAGCUUGAUUGAAGGCGCGAACUAAACCAUUCGGACAAAUUCCAAUUCCUCCAUUUUUCGACUUCUCUCUUUUUGCUCUCCAGGCGGUAACUUUGAAUCUGCUCUUGCUGUAGGCGGAGGGUCGUCCAACUACCGCAGGAUGAUUGGCACAGGGGUGUGCUUGGUCCUCCUAAUGAUCCCAAUACUCCUUGGGAUCAAUCGCCAUCGCGUGCAUGUAUAAACCGGCUGCAGUCGCGGUCGCGGUCGAGGUUGCGAACAGGAGUUUUAGUGUGUUCUGCAUAAAAUGUACACAACCACCAUAACAUAAAAUUUCAGAUCUUCUGAAAUCUCAACAAAAGUCGAUAUCUUAUUAAUUUAACGGAAUGUUGGCAGAUUCUUUAUAGUGUUUGGUAGAUUAGAACAAAAGUUAUUUAAAGAACAUAUAUGUUCUCGGGAUGGGUCACGGUUGUAAUAAAUUGUCGGUGGUUUACGAUUA